AUGGCGGCUUUGCUGCUCCGCAAUCUAUCAUCCGCUCGUGUCCGCGUCUCGUCAUCGCGUAACGCGAGCCGCCUGUCGUCCAAGCAGAACAACCAGCCUAUUUUUCUAUCCCGCGGUGCUGGGUCCGCUCGGCGACCCCUUAACAAUGCUCUUGUCAGGCAGCAGAAUUGGCGGGCAGGAAGGAGGAGUCAAGGCUUGCCAGACCAUGGCAAAUGGGUGGCGGCGGGGUCUCACAGAUCAUGGACCAUAGAGGAUGGAAUUGGACCAGAGAAGAAUUAUUACCCGGAGCUGGUGAAGGCGAGUACUGGGAUGGACGAGUUCUUAGCAGCACUCUCACUGGCCAAAGAAUAUGACACACGCAGCACUCAUUGCAACAGCGAACCUGUCAGUGCCACAGAUGGAUCAUCGUCACCAUCAUUGCCACAGCAGGCACCAAACCAGAAGAGCGUGGAGGAGGUGAGUGGUGCCUGCUGGUAA